AUGGCGCCAAAACCGGGCGACACUGCGGAGGGCGAAGGGCAGACUGCCGAGAAGGCGCCGAGGGGCGAAGCCGAGAAGCGCCCUGCAGAGAAGCGCCCUGCGGAGAAGCGACCGCGCGGCCGCGCGGGGAAGGGCGAGAAGACGCCCAAGGAAGGCGCCGCAAGCAAGGCGCCGCGCGGCCGAGGCCGCGGGCAGCGCAACAGGCGGAGGCAGUUCACGUGGAAGAUCUACAUUCACAGGGUGCUGAAGCAGGUGCACCCGGAGCUGGGCAUCAGCAGCAAGGCGAUGGCGAUCCUGGACGCGUUCAUCAACGACAUGUUCGAGAAGAUCGCGAGCGAGGCGUCGCGGCUCGCGCGCAUCAGCGGCAAGACCACGCUGACGUCACGCGAGAUCCAGACGGCGGUGCGGCUGCUGCUGCCGGGGGAGCUGGCCAAGCACGCCGUCUCCGAGGGGACGAAAGCGGUCACCAAGUACACCAGCUCGUGA